GAAAACCAUCCGGUGUAAGAAACAAAACACGAGUCAGCAAAACAUCAGAAUACAAUAAAGCCAUUGGUGAUAACAGAUGACUUGACUGAUUGAAAACCAAACUCGCCUCCUCUUUUCUUUACAUUCCAAAACCACCUUUUCUCUCUCUGAUUAUCACCACCGCCAUUACCCUCAACCAAACAAAACCAUCACUUUCACUUCUCCUCUGCCUGAAGAAACAAAGAAAGAAGAUAAUAUCAUGGAUUUGGAUAUCAUGGCCAGUAUUCACUCUGUCAACCACUUCUCUACUCUUCAAUAUUCUCCUCCACUUCACUCUGAUGAAUAUCCAGUAAUCCAUUACACAGAUGUGUAUGAUGAUGAUUACCAAUCUCUUCUCAGAUGUCCUUUUUGUGAUUUUCAAAUUCAACUUCCUGGACCCUCCCAAGAGGACUAUUGCUCUGCCCUUAAAUAUCUGGUUUGUCCUGUGUGUGAACAAGAUUUAGGAAAUGAUGCAAUCGCACAAUUUACACAUUCAACCUCGCCAAAGUGGGGAUGGAAGUCUGAGAAAUCUAGCACCUGGUCCGGUAAUUCAGCAAUGUUUGGCAAGAAACCAGCUGGCAGGGGAAACAAACAAGAAUCGGUAGCCGAUCCGCUUUUGUCACCGUUCAUCUGCAACGUGCCCGUUCCUAACUCUGUUCCUAACUCUAACAGUAGCCAUCAAGGUGAAAAGUCCAGCCUCGGAAACAAGGAUAUAAACAUUCAUAGACCAAAAAGGUGCUGGACUGCUGAUGCUGAGCAGGAUCAACAAGAACAAGGGUUGAAGGCAGCUUUUGUUCAAAACUUGAUAUUAUCAACCAUAUUCGAAGAAACAUGAUCAUAGAAUUUAAUUUACAGUCGCGUAAGUCAUGGAUUAGUUACGGCUUCUUACAUAUUCAUAUAGUCCAUGUAUUAUGAUGCUGGUCCAAGAAGCACUGGGUUUUAUUGCGGUGCUUCGGUUUAGAAUGUGAAGUAGUAUAAGCAAUAGUUAUGUUGAGGCCAAACAUAUUUCAGAUCUCUAUUAAUUAAAGUGUGAUUUUUCGGUUAA